AUGGAUCAACAAAGCUCUUUCCAUUGUUUUGGACUGUUUUUAGGAAUGCAGGAAAAGGGCUCAGUGAGCUUCACCGAGGACUAUGAAUUUGCGGCGCGGUCAAGACCAACAGAGGAAUUCGUCAGCAAAUACAAAGGCAAUUACACAUUCACAGGUGGCAAGGCCGUUGGCUACAGAAACUUGUUUGCGAUCCCAUGGACUUCCUUCAUGGCUGAGGAUUGUCUUUACUUCAUCAACGGCGUUCUACACCUUAGGGCCGAGCUCACCAUCAGACACUGA